AUGAAUGGGAAAGCACCUGUUUCGGUGAUCACGGAUGGUGAUUUAUCAAUGAAGUUCGCCAUUGAGAAAGAGUUUCCUAAUGCACAUCAUAGAUUAUGUGCAUGGCAUCUGAUUCGCAAUGCAACAAGUAACAUUGGCAAGCCCCAGUUUACCUCCAUGUUUAAAAAGUGUAUGCUAGGCGACUAUGAAAUUGAUGUAUUUCGUCAAAAGUGGUUUGAAAUGGUUGAGGAAUUUGGUGUCGAAAACAAGAAUUGGGUCCUAGAUAUGUAUAAAAAGAGACAUUCAUGGGCAACUGCAUAUAUAAGAGGGAAGUUUUUUGCUGGUUUCCGGACUACUUCUCGGUGCGAGGGAUUAAACUCGAUCAUUGCAAAGUAUGUCAACUCAAGGUACAAUCUGGUUGAGUUCAUUCAACACUUUAAUCGUUGUGUCGACCAUAUAAGGUGGAAAGAGGUCCAGGCUGACCUCGCCUCUAUGAAUGGGAGACCCAAUUUGCAAACCUGUUUUCAACAGUUAGAGAGGAGUGCUGCCAAUGUUUACACCCUAUCAAUAUUUCAUAUGUUCCAACCAAUCCUUGUACGGGCUGCAUCAAUGAAGGUAAUAAAUAUGAGGCAAACUGGCUCUUAUGUGAUUUACUCUGUCGCUUUAGACCGAACACCAAAUGAGAUGUGGCGUGUAUUCUGUUGUGACAUUGAGAUGGAAUUCAAUUGUUCAUGUAUGAGAAUGAAAUCAUUUGGCAUACCUUGUGAACACAUAAUUUGCGUCUUGGUGCAUGAAGAUAUAGAGGAGUUGCCAAGGUCAUUAGUCUUGCCUCGGUGGACCAAGACUGCCAAAGUUGGUUUCCAAAAUGCUCGAGGGCUUCAUUGGGAUUCUUUGAUGCUAAGUCAAUACGGUUGUUUGAUGGAUUGGUUUAGACAACUAGCCAACUUUGCUUGCCGAGAUAACGAGAGAUUUAUCUUUACACGGAAAAUGGCUAUGAAUUUGUUGAAACAAUUUAAGGAGGAAGAUGCUGCACAAAAAGAGUUGGUCAAUGAUGCAGAUAGUGUAAGAGAUGGUGUGCAAGUGGAUAAUUCUGGAGCUGGACUCGCAACCAAUGAUCUCGGACAUAGCAUGCCAAGGGACCCAAGAAAAUGUAGGACAAAAGGGGGGGCUUCACAGUCCAAUAAAAGAAAACAUCGAUGUGGACAGUGUGGCAUGGAGGGCCACAAUCGAACAACUUGUCGUAUUCGUCGUGGCAUCUCACAGUCAGAAGGCCGUGGAAAUGACACAUUUGAUAAUGACUCGGAUGAUCACAUGAACAUUGAAGAUGACUCAUUGGUAUAUGAUGAGAAUGCUUCGUACAGUAGCAAUGAAGUGCUGUAA